CGGCCGCUGACCCGGGCUGCGCAGGCCAGCCUAGCCCAGCCCACUGCCCUCCGGGCCGGCCCCCGGCCCUCCCCUCCCUUCCUCCCCUGCCGUCUGAACCCUCCCCUCCCUCAGUCCAGCCCAGUCCACUCCACGUCGCGCAGCGGGCAGAGCGAGCGAGCGAAGCUCACCCCGAAGAUGCUGCGGUCACGUUGUGGGAUCGUCCGGGCCGUGCUGCUCCUGCUCUCCUGCCUCAGCGUUCCAGGUCUUGCUAAUAACGAACAGACCCUGAUGAAACCCAAACUGAGCUUCUUGGGGGACCAAGUGGUGAUCCCGGCUGGUUCCCCGUUUGAUGUGACUUGCAGGGGAUCUGCCCCACUAGUCUGGCACUGGGUCAACAGCUCCUCCAGUAGCUCCUUUCGCAUAGCCGAGCACCCGUGUCCCGAUGACGCUCUGCUGGUCUGCAGUCAGCUCACCAUCUUCAGCAUGGUGGCCAGUGAUACUGGCUACUUCACCUGCAGCUACAAGGACGUCCCUGAUUCGGAGGACCCGAGCUUCAUGACCAGGGUGUACGUGUAUGUCAAAGAUGACAGUCAGCCCUUUGUGGAAAGAUACUAUGAGAAGCCACUGAUGAUCACUGUGUUUUCUGGAGCACGGGAGGUGAUAGUUCCCUGCCGAGUAACCUCCCCUGACCUACGUGUCAAGCUGGAUUUGUUCAACCUGGAAGAGUUCAACUAUACGAGCAAGGACUGGGACCCCCAGAAAGGCUUCACGGUCAUACGCCCAUCCUUUCAAUUCUUCAGCAAUCUGCUCCAGUGUGUGACCGAAGUCCAUGGCAAGACCUAUAUUUCCCUUUACCUGCCACAGAAAGUAGAAACCAAAAAGGAGAAUAUCGCCAUCCGAGUCAAUCACCAAAAACUGCUCGCAGGAGAAACCCUCAGUCUGACCUGCACAGCUGAGACCACCUUCAAUGGGCGCAUCGAGCUUGACUGGGAGUACAAGAGGAAAGGGAGCAAAACAAAUCCCAAGUGCUAUGAAAUUAAGAAGAACAUAGACCAAAGCACCUCUGUGUACAAAGGCUAUAGUAACCUGACCAUCUGGAACGUGACCGUGGAGGACAGUGGCCUCUACCGAUGUCGGGAAGGCAAUGGUUCAAGCCUCCAGGCCAGCGUCAACAUCACUGUGCUGGAGAAAGCAUAUAUCAAUGUGACCUACAGGCGGAAUACCGUGUAUGAGGUGACUGCCGGCCAUGGCGUGCAGAAGCUGUCCGUCAGAGUGGAUGCCUUCCCUAGGCCCAAUGUAACCUGGUACAAAGAUGGCCAGCUGAUCCCAGAGAACCUGACCUACCAUUCUGACCCAUUAAGAUACAGACUCAUCAUCACAGAUGUGAAAGUGAAGCAUUCUGGGAAUUAUACCAUCGUUCUGAGGAACACCCAGCAUGGCCUCUGUGAAAACCGGACCAUCCAGCUACUUGUCUAUGAGAGACCCAAGAUAUACGAAAAGGAGACAGACCUGAAUAAGACACAGCCAGUGUUCCUGGGCAGGGAACACAUCCUCCGCUGUACGGCAAGUGGAACACCCCCGCCUACGUUCCAAUGGGCUUGGGAGCCCUGCCUCGGCAGUGAUAGUUGGUGCAGAGAACGAGGGAAGAGAAUCGAACUUUCUAAAACUACUCUUGAAAAAGGCCCGUCUGCCGCCAACCAGAUCCAGUCCAUCGAGGAGAUGGUUAUAUCACACGGGGAUAGGAAUAAGACCCUGAGCAUGCUCACCAUCACUUCCAGCACGAACUCCGGCAUCUACUUCUGUACCGCUCACAACAAGGUCGGCAGGGACGAGAGAGCCGUGAAGAUCUACGUCUCAGAUGUGCCCGGGCACGUGGAAACCCAACCUCAAAUCCUGGCGAUCGAGGGCCACGAUGCCCAGCUCACCUGUAGAGCAGCUCGCUACAUCUACGAUGACCUAGCUUGGUUCAAUCCAUUUGGGGAAAGGGUUCCCACCUCCUCCAUUGAGACACAAGUGAGCAAAUACUCCAUUUCUUUGACUUUGACGAUCAGAAACGUGUCCCGCCGCCAAGAAGGGCGCUACUCAUGCAAAGCCUUGAGCCAGAGGAACACCACGGUCAUACUGGAAAGGACCACAAGGCUCUUCACCAGAGAAAAAGUUGCCCCUUAUGUCAUAGAGAACCUCACGGACCUGGAUGUGAACAGCAGCGGCAAGAUUGUGCUACAGUGUAAAGUGGGGGGCACUCCGACACCGGGCAUCACUUGGCUGAAGAACGGAAAUGCCAUCCUGCCGGCCUCAGGCAUCUUCUUGGACAACGACACCCUGGUCAUCGAACGAGCUAAGAAGAAUGAUGAAGGCACCUACCAGUGCAAAGCCACCAAUGAAAUAGGACAAGUCAGCAGCUCGGCCUUUAUUACCGUGGCAGGUUCGGACGAGCGUUCCAGUGUUGAGGUCAUCAUCCUGGUUUGUACUGGCCUGGCAGCCACCCUCUUCUGGCUCCUCUUGACCCUGGUCAUCCGAAAACUCAGAAAGCCGGACGCCCCCGACAUCAAAACGGGUUAUCUCUCCAUCAUCAUGGACCCCGAAGAGGUGCCUCUUGACCAGCAAUGUGACCAACUGCCUUACGAUAGCAACAAAUGGGAAUUCCCCAGAGAUCGCUUGAGGCUGGGGAAGACCCUGGGUCACGGUGCCUUUGGGAAGGUGGUGGAGGCGUCCGCCUUUGGCAUCGACAGAUCUUCAACCUGCAAAACCGUGGCGGUGAAAAUGUUGAAAGAAUGCGCAACGUCCAACGAGUGCAAGGCCCUGAUGUCAGAGCUCAAGAUCCUCAUCCACAUCGGCCACCACCUGAAUGUGGUCAACCUGCUGGGAGCCUGCACCAAACCUGGAGGUCCUCUGAUGGUCAUCGUGGAGUUCUGCAAAUAUGGAAACCUGUCCAACUUCCUUCGAGGCAAGAGAGGAGACUUCAUUGCCUACAAGACCCAAGAUACUUCUGAACAAGGUGAGAAGAAAGCAGAGGAUUCUGAUUGUGACCUCACAGAGCUCACUAAGCGGCGAUUGGAGAGUGUAGCGAGCACCGGCAGUUCUGCCAGCUCUGGUUUCAUUGAAGACAAGACCUACAGCGACUCAGAGGAGGAAGAGGAAGAUUCUGAAGAUCUGUCUAAACGACCUCUGACCCUGGAGGAUCUGAUCUGCUACAGCUAUCAAGUGGCCAAGGGCAUGGAGUUCCUUGCUUCCCGAAAAUGCAUUCACCGGGACCUGGCUGCUCGGAACAUCCUUCUGACUGACAACAACGUGGUAAAGAUCUGUGACUUUGGCCUGGCUAGAGACAUCUACAAGGACCCUGACUAUGUCCGCAAAGGAGAUGCCCGGCUUCCUCUCAAGUGGAUGGCCCCUGAAGCUAUUUUUGAUAAGAUCUACACUACCCAGAGUGACGUGUGGUCAUUUGGAGUCCUGCUGUGGGAGAUAUUCUCCCUGGGGGCUUCACCGUACCCAGGGGUGCAAAUCGAUGAGGAUUUCUGCCUGAGACUCAAGGAAGGCAGCCGAAUGAAAUCCCCCGAGUAUUCAACUCCAGAAAUCUACGAGACCAUGCUCGAUUGCUGGAAUGGUGUAUGCAUGGAGAGACCCACUUUCACCGAGCUGGUUGAGCGCCUUGGGGAUCUCCUGCAGGCCAGUGUUCAGCAGGAAGGAAAAGACUACAUCCCCUUCAACAUGAUUGACAAAGAGCUCAACUUCAAGGCCAGCCCCAUGGAAGAGACCGUGAGCGAUGAGCCCACUCACCAGAGCAUUGAGGAAGACAGCACCUUUGGCACCCAGAUGCGCCUCCUGAGCGGCAAGACUUCCAGUGAAGUCCUUGUGGAACUCAAGAAGACCAGGCCCGAGGAAAACAAGUUGGAGAGAGAGCUGAUGCUGCCUUCAAUAAAGCGCCUGGAGACGCGAUCCUGGCCAUAUGGAUUCAUGGCAUUUGCCCUGAGAGCCACCAGCAGAAGCAACGAAUCUGUGCUGCUGUCUGAGGAGAAGGAGGCUCUGAAGCCCCAGGCCCCGGCCCAGCUGCAUGAGGAUGACCCUCUGGCCUAUGCCCUGGAGGAGUCCAUUCUCCUCCCUUUGGAUCCAGCCCUCGAGUGCCACAGCCCACCCCCGGACUACAACUCUGUAGUCCACUACUCUGACUCCCUAGUGUAACUUGUGGCCAGCUUUCUUCCUCCAUCUAGCCCCUCCCCACCUCAGUCACAGCAUCUGCCAUCUCCCCUAGUGCCCUCCUCUUACCCCACCUCCAAAAGAAUCAAUCCAUAAGUGCCUCUCACAGCUGUCCUGUCACAGGGACAGCAAAGGCAUAGGGAGGGGGCAAUCUUUAUAGGAAAGUCUCUGCUCUUUCUUCGGGGACCUCGCUUCCCAGACCACACAGCAAAGCAGACUCCACCGAGGGAGUCUGCACCUUUUCCAGCUUCUGACUCCCGCUUCCCCCACCCCAUCCAUUAUACACCCCUGCAACCGUUACACAGCCACACCCAGGCCACGCCGUGAGACCUCCCUAAUGGAAGGCCAAGCCAUCAGAGCUCCAGCCCCAGCCCAGUCAAAAUACCGAAGACCUUAAAAGGUCUUUCUUAGUCCCCGAUGCCAUCCAAGAACCCGGUAGAAUUCAGUGGUAGAUGCUUGAACAGAGAGGGUCAGAGCAGCAUGUGGUCAAUGUUUCCCCUCAGUGCUCCAUCCUCUCUACUUCCCUGGCUAUCUCAUGCCACCGGUGAUCUUCCACUGACUCGAGGGACCCUGUUUCUGCCUUCCCAGCCGGCAUCCACUCCAUAGGCCCUACCAGACAAGGAUGACCCCCGUGCUGUUCCACGGCCGUCUGGGCACCUUGCUCCCAUGAUUCCCUUUGGGUGCUCCGGGUGUUCCUAAUUACCUAUCUUUGUAACGGCACCCGGCAAAUUUGUGUAAACACGUGCCCACGUACGCCGGGCACACUCAAGCCCCUGCCAAGAAAAGGGUCAUCGGUAAGCCCAUCCUUCAGUUUCCACCCGGUGAUAUUGGCCAGACCCUUUUAGGAGAGGAUCCCAAGCAGCCUGAGAUUUCUGGAAAUUUCUCCCUGAGAGUCGAUCGCUCUCGACACAUAAUGUGACAGUAUGGGGCAACAGUGAGGCCGGAGGUGACCGUGAGCUUACCAGCCAAGUCCGCCAAGCCCACUGGGUUCGACAAACAUCUACUGAGCCCAGAACCUUGCCUGGUUCUGCUGGUUGAAUGAUUAGAUUUAUUGCCAAUUCUAUUCUAAGCCCGUCCUGCCCGUGAGAAAAAAGAGGCGGACAGAUUCAUUCACCUUAAGUAAGUCACCCAGCUGGUAAAUCACAGAAGCAGAAUUCGAAAGCAGGUUUAGCAACUGCAGAUCCAGGGCUUGAGGGGUGGUGGUGAAGGGCAAAGGGAGAGAAAGCUCUAGAAAACUCCAUGCUUCCACAUAGGUGAACUGAAGAAGCAAAGAGUAGCUCUAGCCCCACUGGAACCCCCACCAUCUUGGAAAAUGAAAACUGGAAGUUUUAUUGCUUGACCGAUAGUUGACAGUAAUGUCUCUUCCAUUCAUCAUAAGACUGACCUUCCAAAGGACCAAGAGCAGCAGGACACGGGAGGACCAGGGAACUGCCCGUCUAGCAUUUCUAGUCCCCUAUCUCCCAGCAUCUCACCGUGACCCAACAAUCAUACCUCGAUUCAUCUCUCUUUCCCUUGGGCAGUAAUCGUAUUGUGAAUGAGAUGAGCUCAUUUUAGAGACCAAAUAACCAAAGACCACACGGGAGGAGUAGACCAAGCCACCCUUGGGAAGUAUCAUGAGCCAGACAGAAAUUGGUCCUUCUUCCCAUCCCUGCUGGCUAUAACCAGUACUCUGUCUACUUCUGCCCAAUCAUGUUUCCCAUGCUUCCAUUUUCUCCUGUUGAAAACAGUCCCCCUCCCCGACCCCUCACCCCCAUCAUGAUAUUCAAGGGCCAAGAACAAUUAUUAUUGGACAGCCCCAUCAUGGAAACAGGGAGCCUAGGAUCUUCAAAAUCCAUGUAUCUCUCAGGAUUAGCUUGAAAGACACAGGAAGACAAAUAAGCAGUGUUAAAAGCAAAAAAGGAUCCACUCUGUUGUGGCCGCCUUGCUUGGAACUGGGUCCUUAAGAGAGUCAGUUUCCUUCAGGAACGCAGAAUGCCGUUAAAGGUAGACUUCCUGUGUGCCCUCUCCUGGAGAGGAUGAAGCUCCCAUUCCGGAGUCAGAGGGGGACUAAAGAACUCGAAAAACAUCCAACCCCCCGGCCAGGAACUGCAGCCCCACGUUGGCCAAAAAGUCCAAAGCUCACAAAACCCCCAGAGGCCUCCUUCUGUAACACAACUCGGGGAGGAGGGAAACAGCUCUGAAAAACUAUGGAACAAAGUGUCUCAAGCCUUCACCCUGAAGUUCACCCCACCACAUCUAGGGCCCCUUACUGGUUUAUGAUGCGGCCACAACUGUGAGCCGAGUCAUCUAUCAUCCUAACGGCUGGCUUGGCCCCAAGGUGUAGGCUGCCCCUCUCCCCCCCCUUCAUCCCUUUGCCCGGGAUCCACCCCAUCCCCACCUCCAUCUCUGGCCCCAGAGGACCUCUCUCCCUACAGUGCUUGCUCCUCCUACCCCUAGCUCGGCCCUCCUCUUCACAAAUAUUUAAGCCGGUGUCUAACCCUUCUUCCCAAGGUUCUGCUGUGUCUGUCCACUCAGACAUUUCCUUCCCCAGGAGCACUAGGUUGAAGCUUCUAUUAUACUAAUAUAUUUCUGUUUGUCUUUAAUUUAAGUGAUUACUCUAGCCUUUCAACAAUGUAUAUAGUUGAAUGUAAGAUCCCAUAUAGCUAUAUGCACCCAUGUGAUACUGCCCUUAGAUAGGAGCUGGAAGUGCCAGCCAAGUCCCUUGGUUUCCCCUUCAAAGCUGGGCUCGCCGAUGCUUGAAGGGAUCUUUGAGCAGUAAUUCACGGCUCUUUGCUUGGGGGAACCAAGGUGGAGGAGAGGCAGAAGGGGACAGUGGCCUUGGGCUGCGACUGAUGCCCGUGGGAGAAGAGCAAAAAAGAGGGAAGGAGGAAGGAUGGGAGAGACAGCAACAAAUAGGUUUCUCGGCGAUUCCUGUCUGAUUCUAGGGGAAGCAGCUGGUAACCUAGGCCUCUUUUCAUAGCCGAUUGGGUGGAAAGACAAGACACAGCAGGUCCCAAGUGCGGCAGGAUCUCAGACUUAGCAGGAGACCCGGGCCGCAGUUGUUUCAAAUCGGCUUGGCCGGCGCCCGGCUGCCCCACCCUGGGUGUGAGGUUGGACGAUAGAUGGUGGUUUCUCGGGGAACCAGAUCCAUGACCUCCCUCCUCCGUUGAGAGCUGCCUCUAUGGAGGCUGGUGUUUGCAGAAGGUCUGCUUUGGCUGGCCGGCCAGUACCCCCCUUGCUCUUUCCAGCUCCACAAACGCCCCCCCCCUCCAGCACCGUGCUUAAAGCAGUUGGCACCAGGGACCGGGCCGCCUAAUAGAUCAAGAUAAACUCAAUGGAUUCUGUCCCCCAUCCCACAGCCUGAGCUCCCCAGACAAGUCAAGGGGUGGGGAGUCCUCACUUCUCCCCUUCCUUGCCUCUGAUCUUCUCCCUUGGUAGCCUGGCAGCCCAUUCCCAACACUUGGAAGGGCUCUGCCUUUUGAACCAGCCCGAGCUCACUGCCCGUCUCCCACCGGCCACUUGGGGGAGGCCCCAGGGAUCUCUCCCAAAGUCCCAGUGGGUGGAUGGCCCCGCCACCUCCUUCAGUCUGAAAUGCCCGAGCCCCCUCCCCCUGCUCCUUCACCCCUCAAUCCAAUCAAACAUUACACAUUCAAACUAACGUUAGUCCGGUUUCUUCUCUCCCCUCCCCCCAGCCCCAGGCAAGUAGCCCAUCAUUUUCUGGAACAACCCUACCCUGCUGGUGGCUCUCCACUCCCAGAGUCCCAGGGAAAAAGCCUCACUAAUAGCACCUCCCCCCCACCAGGACACUGACGUGUAAACUUUGGCUGGGGGAGCACUUUAGUUCAAAAGAUCAAAGGCUUUCAAGAGACCUUUAAAAAGCCCACGUUUCCAGAGGAAGGAAGGGACCCAAAAAGGGAAAGUCGCUCCCUGGCUUCAAGUCCCAAAGCUAAUAAGGAAUUGAGCUGGAAUUUGAACCCAAAUUCUUUAGCUUGAAAUCCAGGCCUGGUUUCACUUCCCCAUGACUUCAGGGGGUCAGCUUCAGGAGAGGGACAACUGCAAGGGGGUUAGGGAUCCUUUUGUUACACUGUUCGCCUUUUAACCCCUGCCUUGACAUUCCAAAGCUCGCUGCAAGAGAUACCAGAGAGCUCUCAGCUGUGUUGGGGGGGCGGGGGGAGAAGGGAGGGGCACCAUGGGUGGGGGAGUCCAGAUAAUCCAGGGCUCGGGGAAAGAAGGUGCCUCACCUAAUGCCCUCUCCACCCAUCUUGACCCAAGGGAUACCGCCACCAUCCCAAAGCCCAUUCUCCAGCACUCAGAGACCACCGGGUGCUCCCUAACUCAGCCUGAGGCUGAGUGUCGGCUCCAGUCUGACCUGCUUGAGAGUCCCCUGACUUGGGCUAAAAGAAACCCGUCUUCCCUUCCCCCUUCCCCUCUCCCACUACCACCCUGGAGGCCACAAAUCUCCCUGAAACCUGCCUUCCUCUAAGCUGCCUAAAGAACACGUGCGCUGAAGAAAAUCCCCAGCCCAUUUCCUCUGAGCCAUGUAGUGUAAAUGACACUGUAUCCUACUAACCAAAUAAAAGCUUUUCUAUUUAUGCUUC